ACAGACGUGAUUUAUUUACAGGCUGGACAACGAGCUCUCUUCCAUUCUACCAAUGUGAUAAUGGCCUCCACCGGCAUACCAGACUCAGGACUGCUUCUGCCAGCAGUAUUAGUGUCAGGCCAAAGUUCCACAUCAACCACAGGAAGCCCGAUUGCCACCACCGUAGCCACAACAACCACCAGCACUGCCAACCCACCCUCCACAGCCAUGACCUCUGGAGCCACAGCAACCACCACGACUACCCAGCCCCCCACAUCUAGCAACUCUGUAGCCACAGCAACCACUACCACCCAAUCUGCAACUAUCAUCACCACUUCUGGGGGCACAGGGGCCUCUACCUCCCAGCCGCCUACCCUCACCACAUCUGGAGGCACAACAACCAUCCAGCCUUCAUCCUCUACCACCUCUGGAGCCACAACAACCUCAACCACCACCACUAUCCAGCCCCCCACCUCUACCACCUUAGUAACCGCAGCAACCACUACCACCGAAUCCCCAACCAUGUCCACCACCUCCGGAAGCACAUCAGUCUCUGCCGCCCAGUCCCCCACCACCACUACCUCUGGAAGCACAGCAACCACCCAGCCUUCAACCUCUAGCACCUCUGGAGCCACAACAACCUCAACCACCACCCAGUCCCUUAUGACGACCACCUUUGUUGGUACGGCAUUCACCACAACUACAACAACAUCCGGAGGCUCAGCAUCCACCACCACCCAUUCCCCCACAACGACAACCAACACAUCAUCCACCAUCAACACUCACUCAUCCUCCACCACCACCUCUGGAGUCUCAGCAUCCACCACCACCCAGUCCCCAACGUCCUCUACCACACCUGGAGUCAUAGCCACUACCACCACACAACCCUCUACUAUGUCUGGAGACAUACCAAAUACUACCAUUCAAUCCCCCACUACCAUUACCACCUCCGGAGACAUAGCAAUCACCACUACCAUCCAGUCCCCCACAACCACUACCAAUUCCGGAGCCACAACAUCCACCAUCACCCAGUCCCCCACUACCUCUAUCACUUCUGGUGGCAUAGCAACUGCCAACACCCAAUUCCACACAACCACUACCAACUCUGGAGGCAUAGCUCACACCUCCAACAGCCAGCCCCCCACAACCACUACCGCUUCUGGAGACUCAGCAUACACAACCAUCCAGUCUCCCUUAACCUCUUCUACCUCAGGAGGCGCAGCAAUCACCACUACCAACACUCAGUCACCCUCCACCACCACCUCUGAAGUCUCAGCAUCUACCACCACCUUGUCCCACACAUCCUCUAUCACAUCUGGAGUCAUAGAAACUACCACCACCCAAUCCCCCAUCACCACUACCAACUCUGGAGGCAUACCAACGGUCAUUACCAUCCAGCCACCCACAACCAACACCCCUUCUGGAAACUCAGCCUCCACGACCACCUAUUCUCCCGCAAGCUCUGCUACCUCAGGAGGCACAGCAAUCACCACUACCACCACUCAGUCAUCCACCACCAACACUCAGUCAUCCUCCACCACCACCUCUGGAGUCUCAGCAUCCACUAACACCCAGUCCCCCACAUCCUCUAUCACAUCUGGAGUCAUAACAACUACCACCAUCCAAUCCCCCACCACCACUACCACCUCCAGAGGCAUAGCAAUCACCACCACCCAAUCCCCCACCACCACAACCACCUCCGGCAUAGCAAUUACAGCUACUACUCAGUUCCCCAAAACCACCAGCACAACAACCACUGCCAAUUUUGCAUUUUCAACUUCUAUGACCUCUUCUAAUUCAAUUAGUGCUACUAAUUCAGGAACCACCUCUGCCUCCUCUACAGUUGGUUCAAUAGCCGUGACCAAGUCCAGCACCAACAUGACAACCCCAAGUGGGACCAGUUCAUCCUCCAUGAUGCCAGGUGCUGGUUCUUUAACCUCAAUGAUGUCCACCAACGAGUCAUCAAACUCCACUGGUAGCAUGCCUGGUAUGAAUGGAAUCACUACAUCCAAUUCCAUCUCAACGAGUAUGAUAAACUGCCCCUCAUUCAUCUGUAACUACUCAUACUGCUACACAAUGUACACCAGUCAGAAUGCCACUUCAUGUGCUGCUGGUGCCUAUUGUCAGCUAAUAAGGCAGACGGACAUGUGGUACACUGUUAGCUGUAGCGCCUCUUGUGCUGAUAGCUGCGUCAACACCUCUCAGACCAACUGCUCUGUGAACUGCUGCAAUUCUACUGGCUGCCUCGAAGGCAGUUUUGUAUCCAUGAUGAUGAAAACAACCACAGUAUUAACAACAACAACAACAACAACAACAACAACAACAACCAAACCAGUCAGUACAAUGACUGCCACCAGUCCAGCAAACAAUGGAAACAAAUGCCAUCAAGGUGUAUGUACUGGCAAAGGUUGCUACACAGUUUUUAAAAAUGCAGCGCUCCAAACAUGUUCCCCCUCGCACAAACACUGUCAGCUGAAAAAGGAGACCGUUCCGGGAGACUCCACGUUCCAGUGGACAGCAGGCUGCAUUGCCAGCUGCUCUGGCCAAACCCCAUGCAAGGCCACUGCUCAACCUCCAUGUCAUCUAGAGUGCUGCAUGGCCAUGAAGACCUCCUGCCUAUGGUUAAAUGGUACGCUGAAUGUCUCCUCUUUCGCCACAAGAGGUCCUCAUCUUCACAAAGAAUUGAUUGCUUGCUUACUUUGCCUGCUUGCCAUCACUUUAAUACUGUGA